AUGUCCAAACCUCCUGCUCUACCAAGGGUUGGGACCGGCAGUAGCCCCGAAGGUUCUACUGGCGGAGUUCAUUCUCGAUUUGGUCGAUUAAAUCAAAUUAUUCAAUCAAAACAAUCGCGUUUAUGCAUAGCUCUGGAUAUUUUAGAUCCAAUCAAAUUAUUACAAUUAACCAAUGAAAUUGGAUUGGAAAUUUGUGCUAUCAAAUUACAUUUGGAUAUUUUAUUGUCCAAUCAAAAUCCCGAAAUGAUUAUUCAAGGUUUAUACGAUUUAUCAAUGAAAUAUGGUUUUUUAAUCAUUGAAGAUAGGUAA